AUGCGAUCACUGAAGGGUGUAGCUGCAGAGUCAGUUAAGGGAUUUUCAAUAGUGGCUGAGAAUUAUGAAUCUGUUUUGUCAACUCUGAAGGAAAGAUUUGGUCAUUCAAGGUUGAUCUUGGAUGCCCAUAUGAGGGGUUUGAUCCAUUUACCCAGAUUGAGUGCUGAAGAUGCAACAUCUAUGAGGGUGUUUUAUGAUAAAGUAGUCGGGCAUCCCUUGGAUGCCCAUAUGAGGGGUUUGAUCCAUUUACCCAGAUUGAGUGCUGAAGAUGCAACAUCUAUGAGGGUGUUUUAUGAUAAAGUAGUCGGGCAUGUUCGCUCGGUUGAGUCAAUGGGAGAGAAGUAUAGCUCUGAAACCUUGGCACCA